AUGUGGCUUCUGGAGGUGUGCGUGAACCCGCAGACGGCGAUUUCGAACGCGUGGCGCCACGAGCUGGUCCCAGUGGCCGUGCAGUUCUUGCUCGCCAACCGUCCUUCCUUUUUGAUCGUCCGCAAUUCGUGGAACCCCAUUCCUUUCGAGCAUUUUCCGUCGAAACCUGCCACGUGUACGAUCACCACUCGCCACGACGACAUGUUCUGCUGGACCGACAUGAAAGUGUGGUCCGGACAGGAGAUUCGCGCCACGUGCGAGGAUUGCGACUUCAUUUCCGGUACGCGUUCAUUCAGGGACUUUUUCAAAAUGCCUCACCUCAUCUUCCAGGCAACAUGUGGUUCUAUAUCCCGCAAGGCGCGCCUCGCGGUCCCGACGAGUUGUUCGCGAACGUCGUGGAUCCGCUGCUCGCGUGGUCGCGGCGGCCGUCGGGCGUCGGCGAGGCGAUCGGCGCGGCCGAGGAUUGCCUCGGCCUCCUCUAUUGGAACGCGCCGGCGCGGUGCGUCGACGUGGCGGCCCAGGAAUUGCGCCGACUCGCCCGCCGCAUCGGGAUAACCAUCGAGAACGAGGAUGCGAUGGUCAUCGACUGCCUCGUCGAGGAAUUCGGCGGCGGUUAUCCCGACGACGAGGAGGACGUGGAAGAGGAAGGACGCGUGGGCGUUGAGGAGGAGGACGCUCCGAGGAGAAUCCCGCUCCGCGAUUGGUUUUGGGUCGGCAUCGCGCUCAUCAUCCUACAACUAUUCUAUCUAGCAUCGAAAUUCGAAUUAUUUCACAAUAUGUGGGCCUAA